UCUGAGUUUAUUUUUUUAGAGAAUUUAUUUCAAGGAUAAGUCAAAAUUAAGCAUACAAGGCAAGAUGAUGUGUAUUAUUAGAUAGUAAUUAUCAUUUCAUCCUUGUUGUUUCAUAAUCUUCACAUUUAAAAACCAUCCAUCCACCAACCCAUUCUCUUCAUCGUUCUCUCUCUAUCUCUCUUCAUAUGUUCAACCAAAUGUUUCCCCAUCAUUCCUUGAUUGAUCCAUUUGUUCAGUAAGAAUUUAAAAGAAAAAUGGAAACUGGGUCCUUAAGGCUAGGCCUCAUGGCAGUCUUUGCAGUUUCUGGAAGUGUGGUCUUCAUUGCAAAUGAAGUCCAUAAACGCCUCCUCUCGGAUUUCAUGAACAAGAUCGAAUUCGAAUUGGCUGGGAAUGGGAAAUGUCAAGUGAAGAAAAGGGUUCGUUUUGCCGAUGAUGUUCGGGAGCCAUCGUCGAAUAACAAAGAAUACAGGAAGAGGAAUCUGAGUGCUGUGGCCUUUGCAAAGCAGGCUGAUAGACGACAGCUUCUUAAAAUGCCUCUCAAUAGGCAGGUUUUGUAUAAAGGGAUUCUUCAAUGUAAAGCCCUUUGA